AUGGCUUGUAAAGAUAAGUAUGAUAAGGAUGCUCGUAUUUUGGCUGAAUCAACCUUUACUAAUAUUUGGAAAUCAUUAAUGCUGUCACUUCAAUUUAUGUCCUCAAAAACUGAUUUAUGUGAAAUGUGUGAAAUAAUAAAAAUGGAUAUUAGAUAUGCUUUACAAUAUAAAAAAAAAUUAGAGCUUACUAAUAGUUACUUGGCCCACUUAAAUCGAGUACAAAAAGAACGUGACUACUAUAAUGCUAACAUUAUAAAUGCAGUUGAAAAUAGCAAACACAAUCCAAAUGUAGUCAGCUCUCAAAUAUUAUUUAAAAGUUUUAGUGGUGCUUUGUUUUUUAAAAGUUUACGAAAAGUACAUUUAUUCAGUAUUUGUAACACUGGUAAUUUUCUACAUAUGCAACAAACAAAUUAUGUUAUUGAUGAAGCUGAAAUGCCUGAUAAUAGUAAGCAAGAUGAUCUUCAAGAUAAUUAUGAAAGUUUUACAAUUCAUUCCUUUUCUUUUAAUGCUGAUACUCCACUCCCUACAAUUGAUGCCUAA